CAUAUCCCAAUAUCCUUUGCUCUCAGAAAAUCCCAUCUCGCGAGAGUAUGGGUUCCUCAGAAGAGAGUCUUUUCCAAUAGUCUUGUUUGUUUUUAUUUUGUUUACCGAUUAAACGUCGUUUAUUUGGCGUCUACUCGCGAGCUAUCUGAUUUUACAUAAGUCACUUUGUUUUUUAGUAGAGCUAAAACGUAGAUACAAAAGUUGAUUUCUUUUGUUCGCGCAGUUCUUUUUGUCGCCAGAGAUGGGAAUGUAUCCAUAGCGGAGGAAGCAAACCGUAUCCAGCUAACUGUCCAAACAAAUCUUCCUUUAUCCACAUAUAUCGGUCUUCAGCAGCCAUUUACACACAAACAUGGGUUCAAUACUGAGCAGGAGGAUUGCUGGGGUUGAAGACAUCGAUAUUCAAGCCAAUUCGGCGUACAGAUAUCCCCCCAAAUCAGGAAAUUAUUUCACCAGCCAUUUUUUCAUGGGAGGAGAAAAGUUUGACACACCCCAUCCAGAGGGAUAUCUUUUUGGAGAAAAUAUGGAUUUGAAUUUCUUAGGCAACAGACCUGUGCAGUUUCCCUAUGUGACCCCCGCACCGCAUGAGCCUGUGAAGACGCUGAGGAGUUUGGUGAACAUCAGAAAGGAUUCUUUACGACUUGUCAGGUAUAAGGAUGAUUCUGACAGCACACCGGAGGAUACAGGAGAUCCCAGGGUUCUCUACAGUGUUGAAUUCUGCUUUGAUACUGACGCCAGAGUGGCUAUUACAUUAUACUGUCAGGCCUUUGAGGAGUUUGCCAAUGGGAUGGCAAUAUACAGCCCCAAGAGCCCUUCAAUGGUGUCUGAGACGGUCCAUUAUAAGAGAGGGAUAAAUCAGCAAUUUUCUCUGCCAUCCUUCAAGAUUGAUUUCACAAAAUGGAAACCUGAAGAGCUGAACUUUGAUCUGGACAAAGGCGUUUUCCCUUUGGUGGUCCAAGCAAUAGUGGAUGAUGGAGAUGACGUCACCGGGCAUGCACAUGUUCUUUUGGCGGCUUUUGAAAGGCAUGUUGAUGGCAGUUUCUCAGUGAAGCCUUUGAAACAGAAGCAAAUCGUGGACCGCGUGAGCUAUCUGCUGCAGGAGAUUUACGGCAUUGAAAACCGGAACAAUCAGGAGACAAAGUCCACAGAGGAUGAGAACAGUGACAACAGCAGCGAGUGUGUGGUUUGUUUAUCAGACCUGCGUGACACACUCAUUCUCCCUUGCAGGCACCUGUGUCUGUGCAAUGCCUGUGCUGACACACUGCGUUACCAGGCCAACAACUGCCCUAUCUGCAGACUGCCAUUCAGAGCCCUGCUCCAGAUUCGAGCCGUGAGGAAGAAAACAGCUGCCACUCUCUCACCAGUUUCCUUUAGCCCAGUGCUGUCCCAGAGCUCUGACCAUACUGAGCAUUCGUCUCAGAAUGCCGACAAUAUCCCUCCUGGCUAUGAGCCCAUCUCACUGCUGGAAGCCUUGAAUGGGGUGCAACCCGUGUCCCCUUCAAUCCCAUCAGCACCUCUCUAUGAGGAGAUCCAGUUUUCUGGGGAGAUGGGGGAUCCCCUUAACCUGACUGGACGGCAGCAGAACGCAGAUACCACAUCGAUGAAGGGCAAAGGUAGCAAGUCACCAGAUGGGUCUACACGUUCUCCCUCAUCCCCAAUACAGGAGGAGGAAGACGAGGAGAGGAUGUCAGAGCUCUCUGAUGCCCAGCCUCAGUCUGUUCUGCCCUGUAGUCUCAGUCCCACUGAGGCCACAGUAGAGGGUGUGUCCACCAAACCUGGCUUCCCAAAUUCAGGUUCAGAGAGCAGAUCCCUGGGUGCGUCUGUGAGUGAAAUCCUACAGGACUGCCACAGUGAGCGCAGCAGCCUGAGCCGGACAGAAAGUGACCCCUCAGCAGAUCUGGCCCUGCCUGCGUCUGAGUCAUGGUCCACUGCUGUAGAGGAAUGUUGACUCUGGUUCAUCAGAGUCCAUAGAAAGCCUGAAGAGUCAGAGCACCAGCAGCUCCAGUCAGCCCCUGCUCUGCCUCCCCAGCACCCUGCGCAUGGAAGAUGAGCGGCUUCCUUCAUAAACACCCCCUGCUGUGCCAGUUUCAUCAACCCGCUGUUUUAAAUCAAUCUAUUCCCAUUCCAGCACACUGUUGUUCAUGAAUGCUACCCUGUCUCAAUUAAGACAAUUAUUUCUUGAGUACCACAAUCAAAGCCGUGUAGUGAAGAGUCCAAGAUAUUUCACUGUCUAACAGAAACACAAUACAAAAAAAAAAGAAAAGAAAUUGUCAUUUAUAAGACGGUCAUAGCUUUUGCUUUGAGAGUUCAGAAAUUUUGAAUGACUCAAAUUCUUUUCAUGGAUGCUCAGUCUCUGAAGUAUAUGCAGCUUCAUGGUGAUUUAUGACUUUGUACUUUUUUGUUUUUAAAUAAUCAGCAAUUGAACACUAAGUGCAUCAGAUUGCAGUAUGAUACGGACGUAUAGUAUAAUCAGUUAUCCAGUUGAAGUAGUCAUCUACGUCUGUAUCUUAUAUAUUUGUUUUGUGCCUUAUAGUACUGUGUGGCUGUCCCUUCGUCCUCCCGUUGAAAUAUACAAAGUGGGAAGCUGUAGCACUUCUUGAAGCUUUAAUGAGUAGUUUAUAGAGGGAUCUGCCAUGAUUUACAAUGACAUAUCUGAUGCUUUUUAGUGAAUUCACUGCUGCUUAUCUAUGUCGGGCACCUUUAAAAGUUAUGUAUAUUUGUAUGUAGUCAAAUCGUUUUAUCAUAAAGUGUUGUGCACAAA